AUGGGACCUGCAUUACAAUAUUCGUGGAAGUGUGUGGAAUGUAAAAGCUCCGAACCUAGGUUAGACAACACUAAUACACCGGUGCGCGGCGACAACGCCAAUGUGACAUUGCACAGAGGAGCCGCCUGCUCCCGGGGAGCCGGGGCCCGCGAGCUCGAUAGCUCAGCCAUGGAUAUGUCCUAUACAGAAAGCCAAGGCUUAAACGACACCACUAGGUAUGGGGCUUUGUUUGACACUACUGGUGGUAACGAUGUUCAGCAGUUGGUGAUUGAGUUUCGUCUUUUUCGCGAAGAAAUGCGAGCUAUGAGUUACGAAAUUAAGGCUCUUCGUACGAGUAUGAAGGAUCUGACCGCUAAAAUUGAACAAUGUGAUGGGCGUAUUGAUAGUUUAUAUACUCGCGUCGAAAAACUUGAAAACAACACCUCAAACAUUUGUGAAAGUCAGAACAUGGAUAAGUCGCUUCAAGAGACUAUUGACCAAUUGAGAAUGGAAAUAAAUAAUAGAGACCAGGAGUCGUUGUUGAACGACAUAGAAAUAUCUAGCGUACCUGAACAAUGCGGAGAGAACGCCGUGCACAUAGUCACUACCUUGGGCCAGAAACUCGGGGUCUCACUCUCGGAGCACGACAUCGUCGACGCGGUCCGUGUGGGGCGCGCCGUGCAGCUGAGCGAGGGCGUCCAGGGCCCGCCGGCCCGCCCGCGGCCGCUGGUGGUGCGCCUGGCGCGCCGCGCCGUGCGCGACCGGCUGCUGCAGGCGGCGCGGGUACGUCGCGGAGCCACCACGGAGGGCACUGGCCUGCCGGGCCAUAACUGCCGCUUCUAUGUUAACGAGCGCCUGACUUCCUUCAACCGAAAACUGUUCCAGAAGGCGAGGCAGCUAAAAGAACACUACGGUUCAAAAGUACAGAUAGCAAAAGUCCUCGACCGUCAACCAGAAAUAAGUAUAGAAGGUUCAAUAAUAGAACGUGUGGAGGAAGCUAGAAACCUAGGGCUUGUGAUCGACGAUUACCGGAUCUAA